GCGUACCACAGUCCUGCAACAGUACCCUUGCUUCUCUACCGUCUCUGUUACCCUUUGGCCGCGGUUAUCGCAUCUUCUAUUCUCGUGCCCUUUUUCAUUUUGGCUACGUCCUAUUUUGCCGAAUCCCGUCCGAUCUAAAAAGUCCCUUGAGCCUCGUUGCUGCUUGUUCUGCCAGCUACAUACUUUCCAUUCCUUUCCUCAUUCUUGCUCUUCCCUCCAUUGCUGUGUUGAUCUGGUAAUGUUGUCCUCCAUUGGGCGAGCCACCUCAACUCUCUCGACAAUCUCACGCAACUCACGAACUUCCCUCGCGGUCAAGGCAUUCGCAAUGGCUCCCGCAAAUAAGAGGAAAGCCUCCACCACAAAUCAAUUCUGGGUUACUGAGGAAUACCGAGAAGACAAGUCCAAGGGGCCCAUGCUCCGAUUCGAAGAAUCCCUUCCCAGAUUACCAGUUCCCUCUCUCGAAGAGACCUCCGCCCGCUACCUGAAGAGUCUACACCCUCUCCUGUCCAAAGAGGAAUUUUCUGCUUCCGAAAAGGCAGUCGCUGCUUUCAAUCAGCCAGGCAGCCUAGGACAGAAACUGCAAGACAGAUUAAUAGCAAGAGCACGAGAUCCCAAGGUCAAGAACUGGAUAGCAGACUGGUGGAACGAGGCCGCAUACUUGGCCUAUAAAGACCCGGUUGUGCCCUAUGUCUCCUACUUCUACUCCUUCCGUGAUGACCGAAAACGAAGAAACCCUGCCAAGCGUGCCGCAGCCAUCACAACAGCCGCUCUCGAAUUCAAGCGUCAAGUGGAUGAGAAGACUUUGGAGCCGGAAUACAUGCGGAAGAAGCCAAUGGCCAUGAGCAGCUACCAGUACAUGUUCAACACCUCCCGGGUUGCCGCCGAGCCAGCCGACUAUCCUGUCCAAUACCCAGCUGAAGGCAAUGAGCACAUCAUUGUCAUACGGAACAACCAAUUCUUCAAGGUCAAAACGCAUGUCAACGGAAAACAGCUGAACACUUCCGAGCUGGAACAGCAGUUCAACAAGGUCUACAAAACCGCUCAGAUGUCCGAUCCCAUUGGUGCCCUCACAUCCAUGCCUCGAGACCAGGGCGCAAAAGCCCGAGAGAACCUUCUCUCAGCCUCUCCUGUGAAUGCUGAUGUCCUCAAAGAAAUUGAAGCCUCCUCUUUCAUUGUCUGCCUCGAUUCCUCUACACCUGUGACCCUCGAGGAACGAGCGCACGUGUACUGGCACGGCGAUGGUGCCAACAGAUGGUACGAUAAGCCCAUUCAGUUCAUCGUGAACGACAACGGCACAGCAGGUUUCAUGGGCGAACACAGCAUGAUGGACGGCACCCCGACGCACCGUCUCUGCGACACUGUCAACGCCUACAUCGUGCACAACAAGCUGGAUUUCGACAACCCAAGUGUCCGCUCCGAAUUGCCCGAUCCUGUUCCUAUCAAAUUUGAGACCAACUCAGCUGUCCUCGAAGACGUGGCUAGUGCACAGAGUCAGUUUCGUCAGACCAUUGCCGCUCACGAUCUGCGUGUCCAAGCCUAUCAGGGCUACGGAAAGGGCAUGAUCAAGAAAUUCAAGUGCUCGCCUGAUGCGUACGUCCAGAUGAUCAUUCAACUCGCGUAUCACAAGAUGCACGGCAAGAACAGGCCUACGUACGAAUCUGCCGCCACGAGAAAAUACCAGCUCGGCCGGACAGAAACCACCCGAACAGUUUCUGACGAAUCGGUCGCUUUCUGUGACGCCAUGGCUGACCCCUCCAUCUCGAGGGAAGAAACUGAACGGCUCUUCCGCGACGCCGUCAAGGCACACGUGCAAUAUACCGCUGACGCGAGUGACGGGUACGGUGUGGACCGACACCUCUUCGGGCUGAAAAAGCUCAUUCAGGAGGGUGAGGAAGUCCCCGAACUUUUCAAGGAUCCUGCGUACACGUAUUCCUCGUCAUGGUAUAUUAGCUCGAGUCAAUUGAGUUCAGAGUACUUCAACGGGUACGGCUGGAGUCAAGUCAUUGACCAGGGUUGGGGUAUCGCCUACAUGAUUAAUGAGAACAGUUUGCAAUUCAAUAUUGUUUCGAAGAAGCUCGGCUGUGAGAGAAUGAGCUUCUACCUCAAUGAGGCCGCGAAUGAUAUUCGCGAUAUGCUCUUACCAUCGCUCGAGCCGCCAAAGGCGAAGUUGUAAUUUUGCUGUCGCACAAACUAAAUCGGCGAGGAUGGUUGGCAUGGAACAUGGCUCAUCUUCGGAUAAGUCGGUGCAGUCAGCUAGGAGGAUGUAUGAUACAUUUUACCGCCAGCAUGUCGAGUUCUAGGCGAGGGAAGGGUCAGUAACUGAUGCGGCAAUUUACUUGGUCCCUCAAAGGGCGGUGCCUUGAUCUGUAUAUAGCCUCUAUAUCUAGACAUUUUCUCGUUCAUCAAAGACGAGAGAUAAGUUUGGACGGCUUGUUCGGCCUCAUUUAAUCACUGUCAUCAUGC